AGUGAGGCGAGGUUAGGGGGAGGGGCGAGGUUAUAUAAGGGGGCACCGCGCGGCGCUACAGUUCAGUUGACUCUAGAGUCUCGACAGACAUCAGACAUGUGCGCGCGGAACGACAUAGACACUCUCGCAUCCACGCCCGAGGAGCGGCGGCGGCAGCAGCUUCUGUUGAAGGUGCGGCGCCUCCAGGAGCGCAAGAAGGGAGAGCCGCCCCCGGCACCUCCCCUGGACACCCUGGCCGCCGUCACAGCCCGCCAGAAGCACCUCCUGGACCUCCUCUACGCCAGGGUGGACGCGAUCAAGAAACUACCAAUUGUUAGUGUUGCCCUGAGGACAACUCAGCCAGCCCAUGUGGUGAUGGUUGGAGCCAUGUUGCUGUUGUCCUCGUCCCUGCUGCAGCUAUCGUCAGCUCCUGCACAUUCUCCUCUCAUCUCUCUUGCCUACAUGGGCUCCUUCAGCACCCACCUCGGCAACCAGUUCUGGAUGACAUUUGUCUCAGGUCUUGCCUUGUAUUUCAAUCUGCCGAGGCACGAUUUUGGUGCUGUUCAGAAGAUCUUGUUCCCCAAAUACUUCACCAUCAACAGUGUUCUGAGCCUGGUCACUCUCCUGUCCUUCACCAAACUGCACCAUCUGACCAGCAUGAAGAGCCCAGAGAUUGUACAGGUUGCAUCAAUGAGCGUGUGCUUCCUGCUGGAGUUGACGAUACGCCUGUACGUGGUCCCAACAGUAAUAGGACUGAUAACAAAGAAGACGGAGCUAGAACUGGCGGCUGGGGUGGGCCGGGAGGUAGGACACUUCCGCCCCGGUAGACUGCUGGGCUGCCCGUACUACCAGGGGCUACACCAGCGCUUCCGUAGACUACACCUGCUGGUAGCUGUUGGUAACAUUGCCACCAUGGCCUGCACCAGCCUUCAUCUCUACUACGUUGCUCACCACUGGGUCUGCAUCAAUGUAUCACCUUAGUAACUCAGUCGCCGAGGUUGCUCAUCCAGCAGUUGUUGCAGUCCGUUUGUAGUUGACGAUGAAUGUUGUCUAUCUCCAAGUUUGCUUUGUUUGAACACCAGAACCAAGACCGUAGCCAGGAAAAAAUGUUGGAGGGGGUCCAGACAACUGAUAUUUUCCCGUAAUGGACAAAGAGUACGACCCCAUUUUGUUCCAUAAAAAACUCUAGACCCGUUUAUUUGUUGAGAACGAUCUUAUUUCAGCAAUAAUACUGAUUUAUUUAAGCAAUAAUAAACGUUUAUCAAAAAAGUAAUUGAAAUAAUUGCGAAAUUUGGGGGGUCCGGACCUCUUGAACCCCCAAGCUGGCUACGUCCUUGACCAGGACAGUCUCAGUGUGAACGACGUUCAAUUGUUGCUAUCUGCACACCACUAAGCCAUUUUGUUGCAGUGAAUCUAACAAAUCAAGAAAAUAAACAAUUCCAAAGAUGAUUUCAAUUUAACUGAAAGUUUGGUACUUUCGUAUUAUCCGGAGGCCACUCUGUCCCUAUCUACUAUUUGUUAUUAGGCUAUGCAAGAAGGUAAACACAUAAGUACGUAUUACAAAUAUAAAAAGUUAAUGUUAACAUUACCAAGGGCUCAUGAGAUCAGACAACGGGAAAGUUGCACGAUCUGAGACAUGAAUUGAGGUUAGGAAAGCACCAAUUGGAAAUGCCCCUGGCCAUCAGUGCGGGGUUUGGUGGCGCAGUGGUCCCUAGGGAGGAGUAACAUCCCUCAAGAUAGAACCUAAGUUCAAGCUCAGAUCACAUGAGCACUUGCAAAGGUUGACUUUAACUCUGGUACUACUAGUAACAUAUUUAUGAUAAACUUAUCUUAAUCUAUUUAUAUUGUGUAAUAACAAGUAGUACACAGGGACAUAUCUCUCGAAUGUACAUUUUAUAGGAAUGUAUGUCUAUAAACCUAUUUAUAACACAGUACAAUUCAAAUUUCAUUAUAGGGGUUUUUAUGAAUGUAUUUAUAAUACUAGAUUUCAGUCUGAGUGAAUAUUGCCAAACUGCGGAUAGAAGCUUAAAACAUUUUACCAAUUAACAAAGUGAACAAGACUACUUAUGUCAAGAUCACAUGAAAAAAAUAUUUCAAAAGAGAUCAGAUGAGCUCCCAAGCUACUAAUAUAUUUAAUCACAAAAACUUAUUACAAAAUCGCAAAAAGUGUGCCUCGUGUAAUGAAAUCUCCCCCAAAAUAGUCGCUAAAAACAAUUUUAAUUAUAAAAAAAACUAGUACAUUUGUUUCAAUAUUAAAUGUUUCUUAAAAAUUUACUUUCAGUGUAUAAUAAUUUUAAGAAAUACUUAAAUACACAUGAAAGAUAUAUAUAUAUAUAUAUAUAUAUAUAUAUAUACACGCCAGUAUGGGGGUUAAAUAUUACGUACGUUUUCAGUUGUAGACUUAAAUACAUUUAGGAGGAUAUAAUCUCUAAUGCGUAAACCGUUUCCAACCUUUACAGAUUCCAUUAUGGUUUUUCAUUUAAAAACCAAAUGAUAAUUUCACGUUUAAGCAGAGAAUAGAAACCAAAUAGUAAACAGAAAUAAUAUCUUAAAAUAUAGUUUAUAUUUAAUAAUAAAUUUUAUAAUGAGGAGUUCGUUGGCUUUUAACAACGUAGAGGUAUAUUGCUUAGCAAAUAACAAUAUGACGUAUUUGAAUGAUAAAAGUAGCUUUAAAAUAUUGUUAUUUAUGCUGUCAGUAUUAGAUCCACAGUUCCUAGCAGAUAAUUUAUUUAAGUGUUUACAGCCAUGUGAAUUAGGUUCUGAUAUCUUGUAACUGCCAAUUGCUGUGAUAUUAUGUACUCUAGUUUAAUAAAAUGUAUUAGUAAACUUGAUCCAAGCUGUAGGUUAGAUAGGAAACAAAUUAAUUUUUGUAUAUAUCGAAAUAAAACAAUUGCUUAACAAAUUCUA